GUUCGGACAAACUUCAGCGACACAGCGUCGCUUCUAAUGAAUCAGACCUGGGCCUGGAAGGCUUAGACAGCCAUGACCUGGCACGGCUUACGCACAAUCGGUUGGUGGAGGCUUAUCAGACCAAGGUCAAGGUCAAGGAGGAGGAGCAGGCCUCCAGCGCCAAGAACCAGACCUUUUGGCAAAGAUGCCAAACCUAUUCACGGCGGAUUGUCAACUCCAACUUCUCAAACGCCUUCUUCGCCUUGGUCGUGUUGUCCAACUCGGUCUACCUGGGUGUGCAGUUGGAGUAUUAUGCCCAAGUCCGGGAUCCCGCAGCGGCUGCGUACACCUGGUUCCUCAUUGUGCAUGUGAUCUAUGCUGUCCUCUUCACCGUGGAAGUCUGCCUCCGCAUAGUGGCCGAAGGAAUGGCAUCCUACCUGUGGUCUUCCGAAUGGCACUGGAAUUGGCUGGAUGUCUUCGUAGUCUCAUCGUCGUGGAUCGAACUGGUUAUUGAUCUGCUCACUCCGGGUACCACAAGUCGGGGAGCAAAUAGCAACCUAAGGCUUAUGCGGCUGAUCCGUGUGGGCAGGUUAUUCCGCGUGGUGCGAAUUAUGAAGGUGGUUCGCCUGUUCCGCUCCUUGCGGACCUUGGUCCAAUCAUUGGUCGGAACAUUGAAAUCCCUAGCGUGGGCCAUGGUCCUCCUCAGUUUGAUAAUGUACAUAUUCUCUAUACUUUUCACAGAUGCUGCUCUGGACUUCAUUGUGGACGCCAAUCUCCAAGUUGAGCCCUUGACUCUGGACGAGCAGCAGCUGCUGCAUGAUGUCAACCUCUAUUUCGGCUCUUUGUACAAAUCCUUCAUAACAAUGUUUAGGGUCAUCUCAGACGGCCUUACCUGGAACUCUCCAGCGGAUGCGCUGUUCAGACUUCCGCUGGGUGAAUAUUUGUGGGCUCAGCUGUUCCACUUCUACAUCGCCUUCUGCAGUUUCGCCGUCCUCAACGUCAUGACUGGCGUUUUUUGCAACAGUGCUAUAAAAGCAGCAGAGAGCGAUCACGAAAUGGUCGUCCAAUCGCUGGUGCAGACGCGGCAGGAGCUGCGCGAUUUGGUGUCGCAUCUCUUCAACAAGAUCGACUCCCGAGGCGAAGGGCACAUCACCUUCACAGAGUUUGAGAAAUUCUUCGAAGAUGAGGCAGUCAAGGCAUUUUUCGAAUCAUUGCAGAUUGGAGCCGUGGAUGCCUGGACUCUCUUCGUUUCCUUGGAUAUGGAUGGGGAUCACACUGUCAGUGUGGAGGAGUUCACGGAGCGGUGCAUGCAGCUUCACGGCCCGGCAAGAUCGGCUGACCUGUUUGCUCUGAGACAGACUACAGUCAAGCUAAGUCAGCAAGUGCAGCAGCUGCAAGAUGCACAGAAGAACGGCCGAACCGCCAGCAAAUCCGGCACCAAGUCAACAAUGAACUUGAGCAAAGACCUCGAUGCAUUUGGAGUCUGA